GACAGUCUGGUUUGAGUGAAACCCAGCAUUAUCGGAGGGGGAGGUUCUGGUUCCGGAGGCAGGCUGUGGAAGCUGAACUUUGAUCAGUUCGGCGGAAACUUUCAGUCAGCGGAAGUUGGACUCAGAGUUCGGUCUCGCAGCAGGUGUCUCCUCUUUGUUCGGUUGUUCCGCGGUCCAGUGAAGCAGCGACAUGUCUCAGCUCAGACCCAGGCUGUGUGUUCUGGAGAAAGGAGCCAAAGGUUACGGCUUCCACCUGCACGGAGACAAGAACAGACCCGGACAGUUCAUCCGGCUCGUGGAGUCCGACUCUCCCGCCUCCACGGCCGGGCUGCAGGCCGGGGACCGGCUGAUGUUCGUCAACGGAGACAACGUGGAGGGGGAGAGCCACCAGCAGGUGGUCUCCAGGAUCCGGGCCACGGCCGGGGCUCUAGAGCUGAUCGUGGUGGACCCAGAAACGGCCGAGCUGCUGAAGAAACACAACCUGCGGUGCCGGAAGGAGUUCGUGACGGAGGGAAUCCUUCUGCCCGGCGGGGACAGUGACUCUGACCGGGGGGACUCGCACAGCAACGGAACCCCGCGGGAGUCCAGCCCGGAGUCCAGGGAGAACGGCGACACGUCCUCUGAGAGGUCCGGGAGGCUGAGUGUCAGCUCCAGCGUCAAGGAGGAACAGGAUGGACUCCGGCCUCGUCUCUGCCACAUGAAGAAAGGCCCAUCCGGCUACGGCUUCAACCUGCACAGCGAGAAGUCCAAACCGGGUCAGUUCAUCCGAGCCGUGGAUGAAGACUCUCCUGCACAGAGAGCCGGCCUCCGACCACAGGACAAGAUCAUUCAGGUUAACAGCGUGUCGGUGCUGGGCCUGCAGCACUCAGAUGUGGUGGCAGCCAUCAAAGCUGGUGGAAGUGAGACCAAACUGUUAGUUGUCGACGCCGAGACCGAGGAGUUCUUCAAGAGGUGCAACGUCCUGCCCACAGAGGAGCACGUCAGCGGCAGUACCUAAGCUGAAACCCAAGCUGUCUGUGAGCUCAUCCAACUCCUCGUCCAGCUCCUCCCUGCCUGCAGCUGCUCGCAGCUCUCCUCCUCCACAGGUGGAACGGGCCCCAGAACCUGAGCCGACCCCGGCCUCGGCGACAGACUCGUUGGGUCUGAACCUGUCUCUGGCCCAGGCCAAGGAACGAGCCCACCAGAAGAGAGCAGCUAAAAAAGCUCCGGCGAUGGACUGGAUCAAGAGGAAUGAACUGUUCAGUAACCUAUGAGGAGGUCCCAGUCUGCUCCGUGCCCCCCGCCACUGGUGGAGAAUCCAGAGACAAUCAGCCGUCCUGACACCCAGUUUAAACUCCUGUUUAACAGUAUUAUAUCCUGAUUUUACUCCUGGAAUUUAGACAUUUGAUGGUUUUUGUUCAUGUUUUAAUGAUGGUUGUAAUUUCAGCAUCACAGAAAUGAAGGUUAAUAUAUGAUAAAGUUUAGAUCUUAAUGUACAGUUUCUCCUGUGGAAAUGUAGGAACAUAAAUUCUUGGCAGAUUUUAUUUCACAAUUAGAAAAUGUCAAAUCAUUUUAUCCCGACUCCAGGGUUUAUGUUCCAAUCUGUGAUUCAGAGGAAUGAGAUUAUUUCUUCUUUCUUUACAAAUGUGUACAUAUGUGAAAGGAUGAUUUUAGAGGAUAUUUUAGUUGGACUGAACAUUCAGAUAAUUUUAUAAUGAUUUUUAAAGCUGCACCUGGUGAUCUGAGUGUUGUGACCAUGAGAGAAACUGAUGGCAGAUAAAAAUAUAUAACAUUUGGAUCAAAUA